AUCAAACCAAUUCGAGCGUAGCAUUAAUCAUAUUUCUAAUGUCGCCAUUGUUUGACGGACAACAGAAUUUUAAAGUCAAUUUCAUGUAGGAAAGUGACCUUAAGACCGAUGUGAUCGAAAAUGUACAGGAAUAAGUUCUGUCAUCACUGAAUAAUUUUGUUCCAAGUCGAAAGCCGAACUUAAGUAUUUGCUAUACAUAUUCAAAAGUAGCAACGUCCAUAUUUGAAGCAUCUUCCUUAGCGCUUGCAACCUUCUGAAUCGAUUUAUUGUUCAGCUUUUAAUACCGAAAGGUCCGUAUCGCUCGCGAAGAUUUUACUCAUUUAUCACAGGGCCAUCGUCGUCUCAUACACCUAAAUCCUGGGAGGUAAGUUCGGUUAAUAACACGUUGAUUUUGUAAAAAAAAAAACUGUAGCAUUGCGUGUUUCUACCAAUAAUGAUGCUGUUGCCCACCCCUUCUCGUGUUCAAAAAAAAAAAAAGAAAUCAUUCCUGCGUACUCCGUGUAAUUAAGUUCAUGCAAAUGGGCGUAUCUCAAUCACUACUUUUUGAUUGUACGACCAAUCUCCAAUUAUAUUUUUGAUGUAGCAUGCUAUUGAUUUUAACCGAAUCCCUUUCUGAGUAGUGGAUAGCUGGGAUCUACAUUAUACAAUUCAUUGUUUGUUUGUUGUAGUACCUGAUGACCCUGGAUGACUGCAUGACUACCACAAAAUUUAAACAUCACUACAGCAUCUAAGUUGCUCUUUACUGUAGUAUUUCUAGACUAGUCAGUCAUAUAGGAGGUGACUUGACAGACGGCUAUGGAAUUUUUCAAAAUUCGUUUAUACCAGCAGCGCACCUGGAUCGGGAUACUCAUCGUUUUUCUUUUCGUUCCUUAUGACGCUGAAUGCAGCCAUGGUGGCAGCAACUUGAACGGCCUCCACCUGCGGAUCGCUUCGUUGGAUGUAAGGCCGUACAUGUCUAUCGAAAAGAACCAAAGUACUUAUCGGGCGGAUGGUAUCGUUUAUCAAAUCAUCGUCUGGCUUUCAAUUCGCUACAACUUCACAUUUUCGCUGGUUUUGCCGCCCGACGGAACAUUCGGAGCAUUGGUGAAUCACACCUGGAACGGGAUGAUAGGCAUGGCCAUUAAUAAUCAAGUAGAAAUAAUCGCGGCUCCCGUAGUCCCUUCUCUCGACCGUGCUAAAGUUCUUGACUUUACAACAACCUUCUCCGAAGAACCAAUGAUUUGUCUCAUCCCAGCUCCCGUACCAGAUAAUUCGUUGUCAGCCAUCGCAAAGCCGUAUGAUUAUCAAGUUUGGUUAGUGAUCAUAUUUUCUAUGCUAAGCGUAGCCGUCGCCACUUGGCUCACUUCUAGGUUCGGCCCCAUCCGUCAGGUUAUGAAGAAGAAUAUCGCCGAUAAAAAUUCUAAGCUUGAUAAUGGAUACAUGAAAAUGUCUUUAUCGGAUCAUAUUUUCGCUGUGUUUUCUAUUGUCUGCCUCCAACCCAAAGAAAGUUCUACACGAUCGCCAAAUUCAAGUCCGCUCGUUGGCUCGGUGUGGUGUUUGUCUACUGUCGUUCUGGUUUAUUUAUAUACAGGUGUCCUCAUCUCUUAUUUAACCAUUCCAAAGAUGCAACCCAUCGUUGAGACGACUGAAGAAUUGGCCGCAUCCACCAGACUUCAUGUGGUUGCCAUUAAAAAUUCUAUUUUUGAAUCUACUCUUCUGCAAAGCACUUCGGGGCCAUUGCAGUCUUUGGGAAAUCAGCUUCGUCAGCAUCCCGAAAAUAGUUUGCCCGGUGACUACUAUAACCUAAACAAACUUUUGGAAACAGCCUUGCUAGGAAAAUUCGGGAUCAUCCUGAGCAAAUCUCAGGCGGAGUCGUUGAUUAACAUGAGUUGGAAAAAAGAGAAUCGAUGUCGUCUAAGCAUCAUGCGAGAAAAAAUCCAAUCAACUAGAUUCUGUUUUGCGCUGCCCAAAAAAUCUCCUUAUUCGAAACUAAUCAGUGAAGGCAUCUACGCAAUGUACGAUGUGGGACUGAUUGAUUAUUGGAAGAAUCGUUCUCCUAGAACAGUAACUCAUAACUGCGAACCAACCAAUAUAAAAAUGGGCAUGUCAAAUCAGAAGAAGAAACCAAUCUCAUUGGACAAUCUGUCGGGAGCAUUCGUUGUUCUUGCCGUUGGAAUUGCAGCUGCUUCUUUCGCAUUUGUCAUCGAAAUUUGGAUCGCUAUCGUUCAGCGGAUGAAGUCUCGUCAUUGAAUUCG